AUGAUAUAUCACAGGUCGUGGACAGCUUCACUCAACAGUUCAAGACCUCGGAGUUGCAGAGUCGCAGGUGCCGUUCGAGACGUCCUGGUCGAAAUAGAGCAGGCGAACUACAAAAGUACUCACUACGACGGGUAUGAUGCCGCCGUUCAGCUCAAAGGCUUGGCUGCGCCGCCCGAGGUAGAGGAGUACUGGGACGACGAAGAGGAGAAGGUGCCCUACGAGCAGGGCUACAUUCCGGUCCAUUCCUACCGAUCGCAUACUGAUAACACCACGGGCGGCCCCACGACUCUACUCGCGCCGUGUGUCACAGCUGGCGUCGAAGAGGAGUUGAAGAUGGCGAAGGCGUACGUCACAGCCCAUCAGAUAGAGGAGGAAAGUAAGGAAGAAGAAUGGGAUGUCAGGAUGGUUGCCGAGUACGGCAACGAGAUUUUCGCAUACAUGCGAGACCUCGAGGCACGGAUGCUUCCGAACGCCCACUACAUGGACAACCAAACCGAGAUCCAGUGGCCUAUGCGCUCUGUCCUCAUGGACUGGCUGGUUCAGGUUCACCAUAUGUUCUGCCUCCUUCCCGAGACGCUUUUUCUCGCCGUCAACUACAUCGAUCGCUUCCUCUCAGUCAAGGCCGUUCCUCUCGGAAAGCUCCAGCUGGUCGGCGCCACCGCUCUUUUUGUGGCGGCUAACGUACAUGAGAUUCCCCAGGCUGCGCGUUUCAUGCUUAGCAUGUUGCACUUCGAGCUAGGGUGGCCCAGUCCCAGCUUCCUCUACUGUAUUCGCAAGCUAUCCUGGAUGAGCGUUUUGUGA